AUGUCUCAGAAUCAGUCAUCUCCCACUCCUGCAAGCUCCGUCUCCGAGACCGACCCGCGCGCAGUCUUUCCACUUCUGGAGGAUCUCGCGAAAGAGUCGGUGUCAGCACUCGCGGAAGACUCCCAUGGCCCGGUGAUCGACGGCCUCAAGGAGGAAGCCAAACUGUUCGUCCCUCGCGUCGAGAAAGAGGGUUUGGUACCAUUCCUCGUGGCAGCCUUGCAAGAGUACAACGACAAACGCAUCAAAUACGAAAGUCGCAUCGAAGAGCUCAACGACAUCGAAACCGCCAAAGGCGCCGAAGCGGCCAAACGUACCAAGGAGGUUAAGCGCAAGGAAGAGGUCAAGCGCAUCGAUGAGGUCACACGCAACAAUAUGGUCAAACAAAUCGAUGGUGUCAAACAAGUUGCAGAGGCCAAAGUCACCGAAGAGCUCGAACGCAUCGACGACGACAGACGUCAGAAUGCAGAACAACUGUUCUGGAAGGUCUUCACCAAGUUUGCCGAGGAACAUGACUUGGCGCUCAUCGUCCAUUUUUCGAAGUUCAUGCCGGCGGGGUGGAAGACGAACUUUUCGUCACUCACUGACUUCAAGGCUCAAGGCAAACUAAAUUUGAAGAUGGUUUCGAAUGACGGAUCCAUAAUGUUUAUUGGGGAGUUCGGCCCAGCACUGGCUGAUAGCUAA